AUGGACGUCAACAACCUGACCAUGCACAACUUUACCUUUACCGGCGGAGACGACUGCAUCGCAAUCAAACCGCGGUCCUAUAACAUCAACAUCUCGGAUGUUAUCUGCAACGGGGUAAACGGGAUCGCAAUUGGGAGUCUAGGACAGUACCUUGAAGACAGCAGCGUAAAGAAUGUUACGAUAUCUCAUGCCAGAGUCCCAUCGACCAGAUACGGAACAUACAUCAAGACUUGGAUGGGCGAGCUUGUGCCUCAACCCGAUAGCUACGAGUCUGACUACAAGCCACAAGGAGGCUAA